AUGCUUCUAUCAUCCGCUCCAAGGACUCCUCCCUCUUCCUUGAAAUUCAACCAAGAUCUGACCAUUCGUAAGAUUGGAGGUUUCGACUUGCACGUUCUCUGUGGCUUUAUCUGCUUCAAAGUUUUAAAUAGGGCACGGAUCUAUAACCCUAGCACUAGGCAACUUGUGAUCUUACCCGCUAUACAAUCCAAUCUCAUAGCUAGAGUAGGUAAUUAUAACAUCUUCUUUCUCUGUUUUGACCCUGUUAACGAUCAGUACAAACUACUCUGCACGAUUACGGUAAUGUCAAAUAAUAUGCAAGCGAUAAGUGCGGAGCUUUAG